GUACGAACGACGCUGUUUCAGCUCGGCUCUACUAGGAGCGGAGGAGAUGGCCGCGGUAGACGACAUCGGCGCCAGUGCGGGGAGGUGGUCCCUCCACGGCAGGACGGCGCUCGUCACCGGCGGCACCCGCGGCAUCGGGCGCGCGGUCGUUGAGGAGCUGGCGGCGCUCGGGGCGGCCGUGCACACAUGCUCCCGGAAGGAAGCCGAGCUCGGCGAGCGCUUGAAGGAAUGGGAGGCCAAGGGAUUCCGCGUCACCGGCUCCGUCUGCGACGUCUCCGUGCGCGGCCAGCGCGAGCUCCUGCUCCGCGACGUCGCCGACCGAUUCGCCGGCAAGCUCGACAUCCUCAUAAACAACGUGGGCACAAACCGUAGAAAACCAACCACUGAAUACUCAGCAGAUGAAUAUUCAUUUAUAAUGGCCACUAAUCUUGAAUCUGCAUAUCAUCUAUGCCAACUUGCACAUCCUCUUCUCAAAGCAUCCGCGGUGGCCAGCAUUGUCUUCAUAUCAUCAGUCUCUGGAGUGGUAGCCAUAUCUAGUGGCUCCAUUUAUGGCAUGACAAAAGGUGCGAUGAAUCAGUUGGCCAAGAACCUAGCAUGUGAGUGGGCGAAAGACAACAUAAGAAUCAACUCUGUUGCUCCAUGGUACAUCAAGACUUCACUUGUGGAAGAGGAUUUGGCCAAAAAGGAUUUCGUGGAUACCAUUGCCCGUCGAACUCCAAUGAGGCGUGUGGGAGAACCUGAAGAAGUAUCAUCGCUGGUGGCAUUUCUCUGUAUGCCCGGUUCAUCUUACAUCACUGGCCAGACGAUCUCGGUUGAUGGCGGCAUGACCAUAAAUGGCAUGUAUCCGACUGAGAACUAGCAGAAGGGUGAAAGUUCUGUUGGAAUUAUGUGUCCUGUAGCUAUAUUUAAAUAAUAGAAAUUGCUUAUAUUCGGAAUAUUUUAUUAUAAAAUUAUAUAUGUAUUUAUAUAUGGAAUUACUUUACAUGAUUAUCAUGAAAUUA